UCGAGCGAGAGAGAGAAACAAACUUUUAAAUGAGAAAGAAGCAAACACAUUCAACACUGCACACAAGCUGUCUCAUCUUAAGCCUCUCUCUCUCUCUCUCUCUCUCUCCCUCUCUUUCUUGUGUCACUCAUAUACAAGGAGUGAAGCAAAAAAAGAAAAAAGAAAGAAAAAGAGUGCACUUUCGUAUGAUUUCUUGAAUAUAUGUAAUUGUUUUAAAUUCAAAAUAGCAGAUAAAGAGUAAGGUUUUGAAAUAAACCCAUAAUUGUUCUAUUAUCAUAGAUCAAUGGGUAUGAUCUUGAUUAAUUUAAUCUUCUUCAUUCUCAUCACCUCUAUCUCACCUUUCUAUGGAUUUGAUCCAUUGGAUCCUCACGCAAAUAUAACCAUCAAAUGGGAUCUUUUGCAGUCAAAUUCUGAUACAAAUGAUGUGAGAGUGUCACUAUUUAACUUCCAACUAUAUCGUCACAUUGAGCCUCCUGGCUGGAAAUUGAGUUGGGCAUGGACAGGCAGUGAAGUUAUAUGGGGAAUGUGGGGAGCUGAAGCGACUGAGCAAGGAAACUGCUCUGCUUUCAGAGGGAAACAACCUCCUCAUUGUUGCGAAAAAGAGCCCGUGAUUGUUGACCUUUUGCCUGGAGCCCCUUACAAUAUGCAGUCUCAGAAUUGCUGCAAGGGAGGUUUACUGUCUUCCAUGAAACAAGAUCUUUCAAAACAUAUCGCUACAUUUCAGAUGAAUGUUGGUGGUGCUGCUGAUUAUUCAGAAUUCGCAAUGCCAGAUAAUUUCACUCUUGGGAUUCCCGGAUAUACUUGUGGAAAGGCAGUUGAGGUGCAACCGAGCAGGUAUAGGACUGGCAGUGGCCGCCGAUGGACACAAGCUCUUAGGACAUGGACAGUGAUCUGCAUUUAUUCCCAGUUUAUAUCAUCAGGAGUACCUAAGUGUUGUGUGUCCUUAUCCGCAUUCUAUAAUGAUACCAUUGUUUCCUGCCCGCGAUGCAGCUGUGGCUGUCGGGGACAACCUGGAACAACAUGUGUUGAGUUUGGAGAGACACCACCCUUGCUGCAACAAAAACAUAAUCCAAAUGAAGAACCACCCCCAGUAGUAAGGUGUUCACAGCACAUGUGCCCGAUACGGGUGCAUUGGCAUGUGAAACAAAGCUACAAGCAGUAUUGGCGGGUUAAGAUGACAGUAACUAAUCUGAAUAUUAUGAGAAAUUAUUCUCAGUGGAACUUGGUGGUAUUGCAUCCUAACCUGGAAAGCUUGACCCAGGUUUUCAGCUUCAACUAUGCCCCACUCAGUCAGUACGGACAUAUCAAUGAUUCAGGAAUGUUUUGGGGGAUUCGGUACUACAAUGACAUGUUACUCCAAGCGGGUAAGAGUGGAAAUGUACAAACUGAAAUGUUAUUAUACAAAGAUCCAGGGGCUUUCACUUUCAAGGAAGGAUGGGCAUUCCCAAGAAGAAUUUCAUUUAAUGGUGAUGAAUGUGUCAUGCCCCAACCAGAUGAUUACCCAAGACUACCCAAUAAUGGUCACAACAUUUUCAUUAAUCCUUUUAUAGCCCUUUUCUCAUUGUUGUUCUUUACAUUUAUGUUAUAAAAAUUGAUUACACAGUAGAGAUUUUAAAUUCUUGUUAAAGCGUAGAUGGUAUUUUAGUGUUUAUCGAUAGAUGAUUCUUGGAUUUAAUUAUAUGAAAUGAUGUUAUUAGUAGUUUCUAGUUGGACUGACA